CUUUUUUCCAUUGUUUCUUGUUGAUGCGACUGGUUUAGUGGAGAGGAAAAAUCUAGUCACGUUGGAAAGAAUUCUGACUGCUUUUGGAGUCCAUUUAUUAGCGGCUCGUUGGCUCCUCUUCUUCUUUUCCUCUCUUUUCGGAUCAACAUAGCACGACGAUAACGACAUUAACAAACACGACGACUUGAGAAUCAAGUGGAAGAAUUCAAAGCUGAAAUCAUGUCGGACAACACUAUUGUAAAGAGCGUUGCAGGGACUUGCAUCACCUUCUCCUUCAUCCUCGCCGGAAAUGCAAUCACACAAUCAUACAUGACGGUGCCCGCUCUCCUCGUCAAUUUUCCUCCCCCGGGCUCGCCCGACCACAAAGACCGCGCGCGCCUACUUGGCCGCCAAUGGCCUCUCUGCUGGACAGUUGGAAACCAGUUUUUCCGGCCCAUUUCCACGCUGGGCUUCCUUGGAUACGCCUAUGCGGGGUACUCCGUGUACCGCGAGGGGAUGCUUGCGCGUAGCGACUGGAAGCUGUUUGGUGUGGCGGCUGUCAUGCAUCUGACGACUAUCCUGCAUUCGGCGAUUAACAUGCAGCCGCUGAAUGAUAAGCUCGAGGCUCUGGCGGAAAGGAGUAGUGAGAAGGAGCUGUGUGAGGCGCAGGCGAUUGCGACAAAGUGGGCGAGCUGGAAUAGGCUGAGGUUGGUUACGCCGGUUGUUGCUGGGAGUUUGGCGCUGUGGAACUUGUUGUCUUUGUAGAUGUAUACUUUGACUUGGUCGCCUUGGUGAUAUGGUCAACGGAGUAUGUACGGUUGUUAGCAUGAAGAGAAUGAAGUAUUUG